UGGCGGCUUGGCGGCGGCGGCAAGAUGGCGGCGGUGAGCGGGAGGCUGGCGGCGGCGGCGGUGGCGGCUCGCAGAGGGUGGCUUCCAUUCCAAGUUGUCGUGCGUCAUGGAUCUAAAGCAGUGACCCGCCAUCGCAAGCCCAUACACAUCCUGCGGCAGAAGUUGUUGGCUGUCACGGAAUAUAUGCCUCCAAACCCUGCCGUCCCAGAGAGGUGCAUCAAACCUUGGGAGCAAGAUGUUCAUGAGCCAUCUAUCUUGGAGAAACUGAUACGGCGAGAUGUGGAGUUCACAUUCCAAGAGAAUAAAAUGAUAGCAGUUUUCCAGAACAACAACAUCAAUUCGGAGGACCUGCGGCUUCUUCGACAUCGAUUAAUGAAACACGACAUCCGCAUGAAAUUUUUCCCAAAUCGGGUUAUGCGAUCAUAUCUAACAGACACCAAAUACAAGAACCUGCUGCCUUUGUUUAUUGGUCGCAAUAUCAUUUUUGUCAGUAAGGAGCCCAAAACAAAAGAGAUGCUUCAGAUUGUGCGCAGUUCAACUCAGAUCAGCUUACUGGGUGCUUGUAUUGAAGAUGCCCUCUUCAGUAGACAGGGAGUGGUGAAAUAUUCCAGGCUGCCAGGAAUGCAGGUGAUCCGUGGGGAGGUAGUAAGUGGCCUGACUCAGAUCACCUCUCAGACAUGCCAACUGCUGAACAAUGGACCUAUGCUUCUCACUAACUUACUGGAGCAAUACUUGAAACAGCAGAGUGAGGCUGUCACUGGACAGAAAGAGUCUGCAACGGUGGAGCAGAAGGAAACGCAGGAAAGUCAAGGAUCUUAAUGCACCCAGAACAUUAGGACAAAAAGCUAAGUUUGAAUCUCAAAGUUUUAAUACUGAUAAUUAAUAUUGAAUAUUAGUUGCGAUCCUCCAUCUGUGUAUGUUCAUUUUGUAGGGUUCAAACGUGGAUUGAAGCAGAAAAAAAGUACAAAUAUGUCUGUUUGCACUCUGAUGUAAAGGACUAUUGAGUUAUUGGCAGACGCAACAGUCUUGUGGCUCCAAUCUUUUCAAUAGCCUAAUGUAUCAUCAGAAACAGGUACGACUCUUUGGGCGCCUACUCACGACCAUAAAGGUGUAACCCCGACACGUUGCCGAAAAAAAUCGUGUAAGUGGGACAGGCCCUUUAUAUGAACUUGGAUCCCAAGAUCCCUUUAUACAUCAAUGCUGUUAAGGGUCUUGGCCUUAAUUGUAUAUUUUCCCCUUACAUUCAACCUCGGAAGGUGCAACACCUUACACUUGCUCGGAUAUAUCCUGCAGUAUACUUUGGCAGUCUUCCUCAUUGUCCGCAAAGCCACCAACCUUGGUGUCACCUGCAGACUUAACAACCUGUCUACGAUUGAUUAAUGACUCAGAGUAGAGGCUACAAAUUUAAAAAUAAGGCUGGAUAUUUGAAAGAGUUGGAAAUGUACAACAACAUUUGAACUGGAAACCACAUUAAUUUUUCUCAAAAAAUAUUCCAUAUUUUUGGAGUUUGUUUAUGUUGCCAUCCAGUGUUUUCUGUUAUUAUUUUAUUUAUGAUCCGAUGGACAUUAAUGAACAUUCUGCCAUGAACUGGUUAUGCAAAUGUAUUGUUCUACACUGUUGAAAUAAAGUGUGAAACCUAGUGAACCAUA